UGCGGCCCUGUAAAAAUUCUAAACGAUUAACUUUCGGGUAAUCCUACAGCUUACGCAUAUAAUAUGUGGAGAAAUUUUAACUAUGGUCGUCGAAUGACACUCGAGCGUGCAGUGUUGUCAAACUUAGUGACCGGAAAAUAAUAUAAAAACUAAAAACCGUGCAUGCAUUAUAUAAGCAAUAAUAAUUUAAAUAAAAAACAAACUGAACUACGCAAAUACAUUGUAAUUGGGAUUGUAAAGUAGUAAAGAAUGUCUGAUUUUGGCGACUGGUACAGAAGCGUCCCUCGAUUCACUAGGGCCUGGUUUACUGGAACAGUAGCUCUUACUUUGCUAGGCCGAUUCGGUUUAAUAUCACCGUUAAACCUUAUUCUACUGUUUGAACCCGUUAAAAGGUUCCAGAUAUGGAGGCUGCUUACCUGCGUUUUAUACUACCCACUUUCUCCUCAAACCGGAUUUCAUUAUUUAAUUAAUUUAUAUUUUUUGUACAAUUACUCUAGAAGAUUGGAAGAAGGGCACUAUGGAGGACGGCCAGCAGACUAUGUGUUUAUGUUAAUAUUUAACUGGAUUUGUUGUGUUAUCAUUGGUCUGGUCGCGGAUAUGCCGCUGCUUAUGGACCCGAUGGUCCUAUCGGUACUCUACAUUUGGUGUCAGCUAAACAAAGACGUCAUAGUCACGUUUUGGUUCGGUACCCGUUUUAAGGCAGUUUUCUUGCCGUGGGUUCUUCUGGGAUUUAAUUUAGUGAUGAGCGGAGGCGGUGUCAUGGAACUCGUGGGUAUCCUGGUUGGUCAUCUUUAUUUCUUCCUCGCUUUCAAAUAUCCUCAAGAAUUGGGCGGUCCAUCUUUAUUACAAACGCCCGCCUUUUUGAAGCAGUGGUUCCCGGAUGAAAUUGGUGGAGUGCACGGCUUCGGGGUCCCUCCGGAACGGCCUCCGGGUGUCCCAAGGGGAGCCGGCAUUUUUAGGGGGGGACACAACUGGGGCCAAGGACAUGUGCUAGGUGGAAAUUGAAGUUUUCCACCCUAUAUUUUUCUUACUUA